AUGAUUUCGAAGGUACUCCUCUUAGCAAUGGUGCUGGCACGAGUCAGCAGUGUACCACAGGGACCGUCAUAUUUACCGCCCUCGGGGGCAGGAAGACCAGGAGGUACUGGUCAUCCAGACGAAUGGGCUGGGGAUCCAGUGAAUUACGAGUACUCGUACGAAGUGCAGGAUGCAGCUGCGGGCUUAGACUUUGGCCACCGUGAAAUGCGAAAGGAUGACGAGGCCAAAGGCUCUUAUCACGUUUUGCUGCCAGAUGGAAGAACACAAAUUGUCGAUUACAUUGCCGAUGCCGGUGGAUAUCGACCGAUGAUUCGAUACGAGGGAACAGCCUCGUAUCCAGCACCUGCUGGGGGUGGCGAGGGCUACAAAUACUGA